AUGAAGAAAGCAAGAGCCUCCAAAAUGCUGAAGGUGAAGAAAUCAUCUCGUCGGCCUCCACGACGAGGAACCCCCGUCAUCAACAAGAAUCUCCCACUCAAUCAUCCACAACACUCCGAAGAUAUAAUCAUGGAUCCAAUACCAAUCACGCAAAUACCAUUCGAGGACAUCUACCCACCACCAGGUAACCCAUCUCUGCCCCUCGAAUCAUCCUUAACUGAGAACCCACAAUUAGAGUCUCCCUCGGACCCAAAUGCAGAAGAAGAACCUACUGGUUCAGAGGGUAUCUUUGGGGAGUUAAUAGUCGACCUAGACCAAAUCACACACCAACAAGGUGAAGAUUUAUUGACACAUGAAAAAACCCCUGCCAGUGAGGAAGAAAUUAGAAAAUCAGAGUCUAACCCAGAGAUUAGGGUUACGAAUUCAGACACAAUUGACAGUUUUGAAAAGGAGCUAGAUGAAAUCCCUACCGAAGUAAGAAUAGAUGAUCAUGAAACAGCCCCAAAUCUCACCCCAAGUAACCUAGAUGACCAACCAUCAAAAGGAGAUAAUCCUGAUGAAAUUCUAAGAAAAAGAAGAAGAGUGGAUCCGUAUGAAGGAGCUGACCCCAGAGCUAAAAGGCCAUACCAGGGCAAGUCACAAAGGAAAUACACAUCAAAGGAAAAGGGAAAACAAACAGCAGAGAUUGAUGUUGAAACCACACUUCCAACAUCCGAUCUGCUACCACCUCUCAACAACCAAUUCCAAGAUAAAGCCUCAAACAAUCUGUGGCACAAAAUCUCACUACGAAAAAUCAUCCAUCAAAAAUUGGUCAGUCUGGAGAAUCUCAAAGAUGGAGAACACAUCAUAGAAUUCCUGAUUCAAGGAAGAUUACUAGACAUAGUCACAAAGAUUGAACCUUUUGAAGAAAAGAUGAUCCAUGGAUUCUAUUGCAAUCUCAAAGGAGAAUCAUCAGUCCCAUCAAGCCCUUUGUAUGGAAAAGUAUAUCUAAGAGAAAAAUACUAUGAUUCUUCCCCCGAUGUUAUAAAUGCCAGUUACAACACCCUUAAACAAGAUGAUCAGUUCAACCACAAUGGGGACAUCAUAGCUCAGGAGAUCACAGCUGGAAAUGUAGUUCUUGAAAAGAAGAAUAUUAAAGCUGCCUGUUUGACAAGCAAAUAUGCCAUUCUACAAAAAAUAUCUCUGUCAAACUGGAUGCCCUCCUUACAUGAAAACACUGUGAAAUGGAGCUUGGCAGAAUUGUUAUACAAAGUAGGGAAAAAGGUCAAAAUCAACUAUGGAGAACUGGUUCAUCAACAAGUCAUAAACCUAGCUGAAAACAAAUCUCCCAAGGCCUCUCUAAUCUUUCCAAACCUAAUUCAAACCAUCCUCACCAGACAAGGUCUAAAGACUACCAAGAAAAAGCUCCAACCAAUCAAAGCUCUGAAUGUGUCUGUUAAACUGAAAAAGGGAUCUCAUCAAAAUGACCUGAGAACCACAAAUCCAGAAGAUGACCCCAUGAACAAUGAAAUCCUUCGAAAAUACUUCCAGAAAAGACUCAAUGAACUGAACACAUCUGAAAAGAAUAUAAAACAGAGACAAUUGAAAAUCCAGGAAGAAAAAGUUGAAGUACUCAAAUGGCUGACAGCCUUAGGAGGAAAUAAUGAAGAAGAAUCUGAUCGGGAGGCUAAAAAAUCUCAAGGAGUAGAUGCUGAUGAAGAAAAAUCUGAAGGGGAGAUUGAAAAGUCCCAAGAAGAAGAUGCUGAUGCAGAAGAUCAAGAAGAAGAGAGUCAAGGAGAAGAACAGGGUAUUGAAACCCCAUAA